AUGUGCAUACUUUGCACAAGCUUGGUUCCACUAACAAUGGAACACAAUUUCAUGCUUUCAUUGUUGUUGUUGUUGCUGAUUACUUUACCUUUGAGUGCAGAAUCAAAGUGUAGCAAGAGCUGUGACUCGGCUUUAGCUUCUUACUAUCUUUGGAACAAUCAUUCCAGCCUGCUAUAUAUUUCAUACAUCAUGCAAUCCAAAUUUCUUUACAAAGUUGAAGAUAUUGUUAGAUACAACGAAGGCAUAUACUCAUACUCAUAUCCAUCACAAACCAGAAUAAACGUUCCAAUUCCUUGUGAUUGCAUCAAUGAUGGAGAGUUUCUGGGCCACACAUUCCAGUACUCAGUUCCUCUAGGUGACAACUACUCAGCCAUUGCCAGUGGGAGCUUUUCCAACUUAGUAACUACAGAGUGGCUUCAGAACACUAACAAUUAUCCAAAAGGUGCUAUUCUUGCUGGAGGAACGGUUAAUGUGACCGUUAACUGUUCUUGUGGAGACAGUAAUGUUAGCAAAGAUUAUGGACUGUUCAUCACAUACCCUCUUAGGACUGAGGAUUCUUUGCAGUCAAUUGCAACCCAGACAAAGCUUGAUCCUGAGUUGUUGAUGAAAUACAACCCCGGUGUAAAUUUCAGCAAAGGGAGUGGUCUGGUUUAUAUUCCCGGCAGAGAUGAAAACGGUAACUAUCCGCCUCUUCACCAAAGCUCUGGAGGUUUGUCAAUUCUCACUCAGAAGAAAGUAGUCUUAUUGAUAAUUGUUUGCAAUUGAAUUUAACAUCACUAGCAAAUCCAGGGUAAGGAUAUCCUAAAAGACAAAUGUAAU